UCGAUCCGGUGCACGUUAGCGCAAUCCUGUGCAUUCUACAAUUCCAGGAUUCCUAGUUUAUAUAAAUUUUACAUACAUGUAUAUAUAGAUGUGAUCAUCGGAGUCCUUUGAAGUUUUCAUCUCCGGCCAGCCACUGCAAUUUCUGUCUCUGAUUACGUUCCGGUUGAUUUUGCUUCAUUUAAAGUGUCGCUUUCGGAGGAUAUGAGAUCGGGACAACCUGAAAGAUAUAUGAUGACAAGGAGGAAGGUUCCUUCUUUGGUUGAUCUAUGUGUUCAGGCUGCAGUAGACAACGUUAGGUAUCUCGGCGAUGUUGGGGAUACAGAUAUACAGCUUCUAGACCGCAUUUUAUCUCACUGUACAGUUGAACAGUUGAUGCACGUUGAGAAUUCGACAGAAGGAAGGGAUCUUAGCCCGGUGACUGAUAAAUUGUGGAAGAGAUUUUAUGAGUUACAAUUUGGUGGUAAGAGCACCAAUCUUGUCAUUGAGAGGAUGAAACAGAAGAAAGUGUCAUUUAAAUGGAAAAAAUUGUAUGAGGCAAAGGCGAAGGAUUUGGAGGAGGCUCAACAGAAGUCUUUUGAUAGAAUUAAAGAACUAUACAAAAAGGAAGAUGCUCGGAAACAAAGUCGGCAGGUACAGCUUUGCACAAAGGUUCCACCUUCAAGCAAUAAAAGAAGCUUUUAUGGGGGCCCUGGUAGCAGCAAUAUUUCCAACACAAAGAGCAGCAUAAUGAAGAAGGCAAAAUUACAGUUUCUUAACAGCCAUGAGACAAAAAAUUUAGCAGCAAUGAAGAGAAAUUCUGUGCAAAAGAGUCAUAGCAUCUCUCCCAUGAGGAAGCCAGGUGUGUUUCCUGGGAAUGGUUCCGCUUCAACUUCCAAACUUGCUAAACCAAUAGGGAGUAGAUUGUAAAAGGCUUUGCAUUGAAAUACACAGCUGCUUUCAAAUGUUGUGGACCAGACUACCCAAGUUUCCAGUAUGUUUACUUGGAUCCUCUAUCCUUUGCUUUUGAUCAAAAAGAACAUUUGGAUGAGCGUUCGUUUAGUUUCCUUGAAUAUCCGUUUCACAUCGACAACAGAUCCAGAUGUAUGAUGGAAAUAAUUGUUGUAAUCUUAAAAUAGUCAUUGGGAUCGAACAUAAUAGUGAAAUUUCACUUGCAUGAUUGCUUUACUUGUUUUGAGAUUGAAAGCUUGCAUGUACAUUGCGUUACGCAAAGGCUGAAAUUUCAUAUCUGGGGCAAACACAGUGCAGUA